AUGAAGCUCGUCCGAUUCCUGAUGAAGUGCGCCAACGAGACGGUGACGAUUGAGUUGAAGAACGGCACAAUCCUCCACGGCACAAUCACCUCCGUCUCGCCGCAAAUGAACACCGCCCUCCGCACCGUCAAGAUGACCCCCAAGGGCCGCGACCCCAUCUCCCUAGACACCAUCAACAUCCGCGGCUCCACGAUCCGCUACUACAUCCUGCCCGACAGUCUGCCGCUGGACACCCUCCUCGUCGACGACCAGCCGAAGCCCAAGAACAAGGCGCGCAAGGAGGCCGACCGCGGCGGCCGUGGUGGCCGGGGCGGUCGCGGUGGACGAGGCCGUGGACGCGGCAGGGGCCGGGGCCGUGGAUUCUAA